GGCCAUUUCACAGCUAUGCCACUGUUUGAAAAGGACUCGGGCAAGAAGGCCAAGUCAAAAGACACAAAAGAGUUAAACAAGCAGAUUUCGAUUGAAGAGAAAUAUAACCUCCACGGUCUAUUAGGAACGGGAGCUUUUUCUGAGGUGCGCUUGGCUGAAAGUAAAGAGACACCUGGUGAUCAUUUUGCCGUGAAGAUAAUUGAUAAAAAAGCUCUAAAGGGUAAAGAAGAAUCGUUGGAAAAUGAGAUACGAGUACUUCGAAGGUUCAGUGCAAAUCAUUUCGAUGGCAACAGUUCGAAUGGAGAGCGACUUACACAUCCUAAUAUUGUGCAGCUACUAGAAACUUAUGAAGAUAAGGCAAAAGUGUAUCUGGUUAUGGAAUUAGUAACUGGUGGAGAAUUAUUCGACCGGAUUGUAGAGAAGGGCUCGUACACAGAAAAAGACGCAUCACAUUUAAUAAGGCAAAUCUUAGAGGCUGUCGACUAUAUGCAUGAACAGGGCGUUGUACAUAGGGAUCUAAAGCCCGAAAAUCUAUUAUACUACAGUCCACAAGAUGAUAGUAAAAUAAUGAUAAGCGAUUUCGGAUUAUCGAAAAUGGAAGAUUCCGGUAUUAUGGCAACAGCUUGUGGAACUCCUGGAUAUGUUGCACCUGAAGUUCUAGCCCAAAAGCCAUAUGGGAAGGCUGUUGAUGUCUGGAGUAUAGUGAUAUCUUAUAUACUGCUCUGUGUACCCCCAUUUUACGAUGAAAAUGAUGCCAAUUUAUUUGCACAGAUUCUUAAAGGUGAAUUUGAAUUUGAUUCGCCUUACUGGGAUGAAAUUAGUGAAUCAGCGAAACAUUUCAUCAAAAACUUAAUGUGUGUUACAGUUGAAAAGCGAUAUACAUGCAAACAAGCAUUAUGCCAUCCUUGGAUCUCGGGUAAUGAAGCCAGCAGCAAAAACAUUCACGGCACCGUUUCGGAACAACUUAAGAAAAACUUUGCUAAGUCGCGUUGGAAGCAAGCAUAUUAUGCUGCCACCGUCAUCCGACAAAUGCAGCGAAUGGCGUUAAGUAGUAGUACGGCUAAUGUAAUUGAUGAAACGCCAUCUAAUAGUAUAACUGGCAAUGGUAACCAACAAAAUUCUGUUGCAAAGGAGACUCCUAGUAAUGUAGAUGCAUCUUUUAAAACAGCGCAAUUAAGCACUUCAACCGAUUUGAAUUUGGAGGAAUCAGCGCAAUAAUCAUCGGAGACCCAUAGCGACAUGAAAAAUCCUCUUCAAAGAAUCUCGCCAAAUUGUAGUGUCCGUGGCC